AUGAACAAUCCAACUCGAGCCUUUCUAGCAGUCAACCCACAACCGCACUCCCGACCUUACCACCCACAACCAACCAAACCAACGAUGCCGUACGCCCCCAAAAUCGGAGACCCAAUCUCCUCCCUCGACACUCCCUCCAUGAUCGUCGACCUGACCCAGAUGGAAUCCAACAUCACUGCGCUCAUGACCCAGCUGCUCCCCACAGGCGUCUCCAUCCGGCCGCACAGCAAAACGACAAAAAGCGCCGUGCUGGCGCAGAAGCUCAUCGCGGCGGGCGCAAAGGGGGCGUGCGUGGCCAAGCUCAGCGAAGCAGAGGUCAUGUGCGCAAGGGGUGUGAGCGACCUGCUCAUCACGUGCGAGAUCGUGGGACCGGCCAAGGUCGCGCGGCUGGUCGAGUUGUUCCGAGAGCAUCGGGGGAUUAGGAUCGUGGUGGAUAGCGAGGAGGGCGCUAGGGCUGUCGAGGCGGGGAUUGCCGCCGCGCGCAUCGAGGAUCGCAUUCUCACGCUUGUCGAUCUCGAUGUGGGAUUGCAUCGGACCGGGGUCCAGCCUGGUGAGCCUGCGUUGCGGCUUGCGGGUGUGGUGGCCGAGUUGCCGCAUCUUAGGUUGAUUGGGGUGCAGGGCUACGAGGGGCAUUUGCAACAUGUGCAUGGUGUGGAGGAGCGGAAGAGGUUGUGUUUGGAGAGCAUGAGGAUCUUGGUGGAUACGGCCGAGGCGUUUAGGAAGCAGGGCCAUCAGAUUGAUGUUGUCACGACUGGCGGCACGGGCACGGCGGAGUUCUGUGUCACAGUCCCCGGCGUUACGGAGGUACAGCCGGGGAGCUUCUUGUUCAUGGAUACGGAUUAUAGGAAUGCGGUGGGGACGAAGUACUCGAACAGCUUGACGAUCCUCGCUACCGUCAUCAGCAAACAGGGUCCGAAGAGCAUCACCAUCGACGCAGGGUUGAAAUCGCUCACGACGGACAGCGGACUGGCCGAGUGCAAGACACUGGGGUACACAUACGGCGUGUUGGGCGAUGAGCACGGGUCGUUAUCGUGGACGGAUGGAGCGGAUUUGAAGAUUGGGGAUCGUGUCGAGAUGGUACCGAGUCACAUUGAUCCUACGAUCAAUUUGCACGACUUCUACUACGCACAUCGGAACGGUGUCAUUGAAGAGAUCUGGCCAGUUGACGCAAGAGGGAAGGUUCAGUAG